CAUAACGGCACAUGAGUGGUCACGAGCCGCUGUUAUCUGUGAUGGUAAACGUUGCCACAGUCCUCGUAUUGAUUGCCUGCAAGUUAAGCAAAGAGAACAAACUUCACUGCAACACAGUCGACUGCAGGAUAACGCUGAGAUUUCAUCAGAGUGUGUCACUGAGACCAAAUUAAUCUCUGGCGAGCUAGGUCACUCUACUACGCCACAGCCAGAGAUGAGGACUGAUCACCUAUCAUGAAGGUCAGAAGACAGGAGGUCAGCACUUGCCUUCGGAAGUACAGCGGCAUCUUCCUCUUUUUGGCUGUGUCCGUCUCAGUCUUCGUGCUGUGGAACAUGGACAUGCUGUUUAAGAAAAAAGUGAAGUCCUCCUUCAUCAUCCCAACAUUUUCGUCCGACCCCUACAUGCAACAUGGCUUCUGCACUUUCCAACCUCUGUCCCCUAAGGAGGCUCUCGAGGAAGACCUAAUACUAGAGUCCAUCGCUUGGCCUGAAACUCCCCCUUUGCCAUCUCCUCUGUCCCUAGAAGUUACCAGCGAUCCAGUCCACAGCAGCUUCACUAUUCUCCCAAGGAGUGCUGGGGGACAGUGGCACGUAGGGGAUUCGCUUGAGGUUACGAUCAAAAUGUAUGAUUACCAGGGUCGCCCCAAGAAGUCUGGAGGGGACGUCUUGUUUGCCCGGCUGCACAACGCCGCUCUCGGUGCAGGUGUGGCAGGCCAAGUGGUUGAUCAUCUCAACGGCUGCUAUUCCGCUGUAUUCUCUUUACUCUGGGAAGGACAUGCACAAGUUGAGGUGACACUGGUUCACCCCAGCGAGGCAGUCACGGUGCUGCGCAGGCUAACCGCUGAACAGCCCGACAGAAUUAACUUCGAAAGCCUGUUCCGCUCAAGCCUGGUAACUGAAACUGCCACCUGUAACGUAUGUCUGCGUCCAACCCAGCAGCCACUGUGCAACUACACCAACCUCCACACCGGUGAUCCAUGGUUCUGCUACAAGCCAAAGAAGCUCAGCUGCGAUGACAGAAUUGACCACUCCAAAGGAAAUUUCAAUCAAAACCUAAAGACCAACGAGGAGAUGCUCUUUCAAGAUGGUGUCAACAUGAAAGUCUCCAUUCGAGCUUCAGGACCUGCCAAUGUCACUGUGUUCCAAAAAAACAAAGAUCAACCUGAAGUGAAGAGCCUCAAAGUCAAGUCUGGGCCCUCUGGCUACUACUACCAGCAUGUGUGGCGAGCACUAGGUGGCACCACAGUUCACCAUUUCAACACGUCGUCAGCCAUCAGUCAGUGUCUGGAGGGAAGGGCUGUCCACCUGUAUGGAGACUCCACCAUCAGGCAGUGGUUUGAGCACCUCAUUGAAGCACUACCAGAUCUAAAGCAGUUUGACCUGCACAGCCAGGACCAAGCUGGUCCUUUCUUGGCCCUGGACUAUGCAAAAAACAUUAUGGUGACGUACCGCUGUCAUGGUCCUCCUAUUCGUUUUGCCAGCGUCCCAACCAGCGAGCUGCGUUAUAUCGCCAAUGAACUGGAUGGUAUACCUGGAGGCCCCAACACUGUCAUAGUUAUUGGAAUCUGGUCACACUUCAGCACUUUCCCUGUAGAAAUCUAUAUCCGGCGGCUGCAGAGGAUCCGUGGGGCAGUGAUGCGGCUGCUGGCCAGGGCUCCAGGCACGCUGGUGGUGAUCAGGGCUGCAAACCCCAAAGCUUUGACGCUCUACGAGACGCUGACCAACAGCGACUGGUACUCGUUGCAACGUGACAAGGUGCUCAGAGUCGUGUUCGAAGGAUUGAAUGUUCAUCUGGUGGAUGCCUGGGAGAUGGGAUUGGCCCACCACCUGCCACACAGUCUCCAUCCACAACCUCCCAUUAUCAAGAACAUGAUUGAUGUUCUCUUGUCCUAUAUAUGCCCUGAAUUGUACUAAAGGUAUGCUAGGUUUAGGUAUUAACCAUUACUGCUACCAAAUGACCAAGCUUGACACAUUCCAGGAGAUGCACGAGUUCACUAACGAUACAGAAGCAGGUUAAGAGGAGGUCAUGUUGCAAUGAUGUUUCAUGCAACCCAUAGUAAGCCAGUCAACGUUGUUCUUAUUACAAUAGACUAAGAAGUCAUUCAUUGGGCAGCAAAGCAAUUUUUGAGUCUUUCUGAUCUUGACUUAUGGCCCAGAGCAGGAAACUUAAAGUCCUUCACACUUAAAAGGAGUCACUAAAUUCCAUAAAUUCAGAUCAAAAUUUAAACAGCCGUGACAUGAUGACAUCUGAUAUGACAACAAACCAAAACUGACACAAGAUCAUUAACAGAUGAGCUGCUGGGGUGAUUAAUGCACAAGAGACUGCUUUCAUCUAGCUGGCAGAACUGCAAUUUUAGAAUUACUUGCAGUGACUAUGUGUCUUUGUGAUAUUGUGAUUUGUGCUGGGUGUUACAUGUACUGAAUGUUAUAUGUGCUUAUAUGUCCUGUGUAUGGACUGUAAAAGCAAAUUUGACGUUGAGGGGAGGGGCCUCUGUGGAUCAUCCCACAGAUACUUGAUCAGUUUGGGACCUAGUGAAUUUGGAGACCGGGUCCUUGUGCUAUUCUUCAUGUUUUUCUUGUGUUCCUAAACCUUUUGUGUGUGUGUGUUUGUCAGGUUGCAUCCUGCUGGAGAUAGCUGCUGCCAUCUUGUGUGUGCUUACAUGUGUACUUGUACAACUGUCUUUGAGAGAACAGUUUUAGUUUUCGACCAUUGAUGUAGGAAUAGAUUGGGACUAGAUUAAAGUUAGGGUGCAGGGUUAGGGAAUGCAGAUGCAAGUGUUAAAUACACAUACUGCAUCUGGGAUAAUAAUAAAAAAUCAACAAAAUAGGUUUCCGCAAAAAAUCUUUUAAUGAAUAUGUUUCAUAUGCUCAGGUAAAGAAUUUUGAAAGCUGUUUGUGGUAAGAUGUUAGAAACCAUACUACAAACGUUGCACUACUAUAUGUAAACUUUGAUAUAUCUGAAUCCAGCAAAGUCCUUAGCAAAGUGACACAGAAAUAUAUGAUGAAGUAGCCUUCAUGUUUUGCA